GUCCCCUCUGCUCGUCCACACAGCCAGUCCCACCAGGAACAGCAUGGUCAUGGCUGACAGUGUGCAGAAACCGCUGAUCCGGGGUCCGGUCCGAGUGGGCUUCUACGACAUCGAGCGCACUUUAGGAAAGGGCAAUUUCGCAGUCGUGAAGCUGGCUAGACACCGAAUAACCAAGACUGAGGUGGCCAUUAAGAUCAUCGACAAGACCCAACUGGAUGCUGUCAAUCUGGAGAAGAUCUACAGAGAGGUUCAGAUCAUGAAGAUGCUGGAUCACCCCCACAUCAUCAAGCUGUACCAGGUGAUGGAGACAAAGAACAUGCUUUACUUAGUGACGGAGUAUGCCAAGAAUGGGGAAAUCUUCGACUACCUGGCAAAGCAUGGCCGUCUCAGUGAGCUCGAAGCCAGGAGGAAGUUCUGGCAGAUCCUGUCAGCGGUGGAGUAUUGUCACAACCGCAACAUCGUCCACAGGGACCUGAAGGCGGAGAAUCUGCUGCUGGAUGGCCACAUGAAUAUCAAGAUUGCAGAUUUUGGAUUUGGGAACUUUUUCCAGCCUGGGGAGCCUCUGGCCACAUGGUGCGGCAGCCCACCUUACGCUGCUCCAGAGGUCUUUGAGGGCCAACAGUAUGAGGGUCCACAGCUAGACAUCUGGAGUAUGGGGGUGGUGCUAUAUGUGCUGGUGUGUGGUGCGUUGCCCUUCGAUGGUCCCACUCUGCCUGUACUUCGACAGAGAGUCCUAGAAGGAAGGUUUCGCAUCCCCUACUUCAUGACUGAAGACUGUGAGCACCUGAUCCGCAGGAUGUUGGUACUGGACCCAUCAAAGCGUCUCUCUGUGGCCCAGAUCAAGGAGCACAAGUGGAUGGCCCUGUACGCUCCCGUACAGAGGCCUGUUCUGUACCAACAGCCUCUGUCUGCUGAAGGCGAGGCAGGUGUGGGAGAAUACAGCGAACAGGUCCUUCGCCUGAUGCACAGCCUUGGCAUCGACCAGCACAAGACCAUAGAUUCUCUUCAGAACAAAAGCUACAACCACUUUGCUGCUAUCUACUACCUGCUGGUGGAGCGGCUCAAGGCCCAUCGCUGCAGCUUCCCCGUUGAACAGCGGCUUGAUGCUCGCCAGCGACGGCCCAGCACCAUUGCCGAACAGACUGUCGUCAAGUCGAACAGUGGUUCAGCCCAGGUGGGUUUGCUCCCGCAGGGUGUUCGUCUGUUGCGCUCCCCUGCUGUGCCCCAAGCCUCCCCCGAUGCUUUCACCUUCCCCCAGACUGCAUGUCCCCUGGAGCAGAAUUUCCUGGUGGAGGAUGUCAACACACCCAAAGUUAACGGCUGUCUGCUGGACCCCUUGCCUCCCCCCACUGUCCUCCGCAAGUCCUCCACCUCGUCGCCUAGCAACAUGAUGGAGACGUCUAUCGAUGAGGGCAUCGAGACCGAGGAGCCCGACACAGAGGAUGAGCCGCCCCACCUCCUCUCGGCCUAUCAAACAGCACGGUUUGGCCAGCGGCGACACACCCUCUCUGAGGUGACCAAUCAGCCCGGGCCCUCCAACCAAGGUAAAUUAUUUGCUAUAGGCCACAACCCCUCCAUGGGCAGCAUGGAUUCGGACAUGGGCUACGACAUGGGCUCCAUGCAAAGUGACCUCGGCCUGUUGGAGGAUCCCCCAUCUCUCAGUGACGGGUUACCGAGCAACACCAUUACCCCAACGCCUUUCUUGAGCACCCGGCCCGCAAACCCAGCAAUGGCUGUCCUGACUUCUCAGCACAGGGAGACGCACAAUCGAUCCCCCAUCAGCUUCAGAGAAGGACGCCGAGCCUCCGACACCUCUCUCACCCAAGGUCUGGUUGCGUUUAGGCAGCACCUUCAGAACCUUGCGAGGACCAAAGGCAUCCUAGAGCUGAACAAAGUCCAGAUGCUGGUGGAGCAGAUGGGGUCCGGGGAAGGGGCCUCCAUGGGCCCCCUGGGACCACAGCACCACUUGCACAACCUCCUGGAGGGUGAGGCGUCCAAGCAGCAGGAGGGUCUAGCUUUAUACCAAGGUGGGCCGCAGCCGCCUCUCCUGUCCCGCAGACAGAGUUUAGAGACACAGUACCUCACUCAUAGACUACAGGCCAACGUCUUGGCAAACAGUCCUGCUAGCUGCCAACUUUUCUGUAAGGACACUCGGAGUUUAGAGCAACAGCUGCAGGAACACAGUGGGAUCUACUGCGCUCCCCACAGACUGAACCAGAAGAGGAUGUACCUGCAGCAGUCGCAAGGCAUGGGGCUGCCGGUCUACUUCAACCAGAUGCAAAUAGCUGAAGGAUCCUACCCGACAGGAGGACCUGCUCUGGACCCGGCGGUGUCUCAAAGUUCCCCCCAGGGUCCCUCCAUGUCAGCUGCCCACCAGCCUCAGCCCCAGCAGCAGGGCAGUCCUCAGGCCUCGCCUCCCUUCAGCCACCCCCAUAACCUGAGCCCCUUUAUGGAACCUGGCGAGGGCCUAGUUUAUGAUCCCUACAUGAGCCACCACCACUACACCCAACACCUGCCUCCUGGAUCUCACCUCCACCACCAGCUCCACCAAUCCAUGCCUCAUGAAGCCUCUGUAAGCAGCCUGGGCUUCAGCUACCCUGCAGGCUGUGAGCAGCAGGCCUUGGGGCUUCCCUAUGAGGGUCUUCACCCAGAGCAGUAUGAGUUCCCACUGGACCCCACCCUGUUGCCCCUGCCUGCUCCAGGAGAGGCUGUGGCUGGGAUUUUGGCUGGUCCGGGCCAGUCAGACGGCCUGGGCCUGCCUGAGCUGCAGGGCUCUCUCCUGGACAGCGAGAUGAUGGAGACCGUGGACUCCCAGCAUGGCUUUGUAAUGGUCAACUAAAGCCAGCUGAAGGGGUUAAUAGAAAGCAGUAUUAAGCAAUGAGAACCUAAGCAUCACUAAGGGCAGAGAGAAUGGAGAUAUAAGUGGAGGCCACAAGCGUAGCAACAGGGAAGGAAAAGUGUUAAUUUCUCUACGACUAAUACAAACUUUAUUUCUUAGUUGUGAUGAACCUCAGACAACCUUUCCACUGCGAUCCUCCCUUAUCCAACUUCCCUUUCUCCUUCUUAUCCUCUGUUCUUGUUCUCAUCAGCUCUGUGAGGCAGGAACAGGUCCGAUAUGUGGCUCAAUGUGCGCUUCGCCGUACUAACUUGGCGAGGCUGCUGUUGUCAUGGACGUUGUGACACCUGUGAAGAUUGGGCCGUACAGCCCGGGGAGGUGCUGCCAGAGUGCAGCAUUUCACCUAGAAAGGGUUUGGAAGUGAACUUAUUUAGGACUAACUGUCAGGCAACCAUAAGGAAAAUGGCUGGCAGUGUUUUUUUUUUGUAUUUAAAAUAGGACACCAUCAACAUCAAUAGACUGGUUCUCAAAACACUUCUGUGGAUUUUCUUUUAUUAUUUCAGUAGAUUAAAAAACAACAGAAAAAUGGCCCUCAUUUAUCAUGGUACCAUGGAUAUCACCGCAAAUUCAAGUGUUAAAAGUAUUUUUUGUCCAUUUUAUAGAAAUGAUGUUACAAACUAAUGUGGUGGCAAAUGCUAAUGUCAUGGCCAUAUUUAUGAGUGCACUGGUUUCAACACAAACAUAGACAGAACAACAGGUAACUUUAGUUUGUCAUUUGCCUUAAUAAAUAUGCUAAACAUGCAGAAUAAAGCACCAGAUUGGGGAGUUAUGCACCAUUUGUUAAGCAUGUGCUUUUAACAGUGCUAAACUCUAUCCAAGCAAUUUUUGUAGUUAAUUGAUGAUUGAAAAUAAUAAAUUCAACAUAACUCUGUAGCUGCAGGCUUUUGUGUGGGCCACCUGACAUAAAUAAUAUUUUUUGUUUUCUUUGUAAAUUGUAACUACUGAUCCUGAUUUAUUUCUUACACUACUGAACUGCUUUUUUCCAACUUUACAUCCAAUUGCACACACUUGCCAGGUGGCAAGUGGCCACACUUCUAUUUAACAGUUGAAUUGUGGGUCAUACGUUUGCCUGAUAAAUGAGGGCUGAUGUAAUUAACGUGUGUUUGGUUAAGAAGUUGUGGUGUUUUAGACAGUCAAUAUUAUUCUAUUUUUGUGGCAAUACUGAAGCAAUAUUAAUCCUUAAUGUUGAGGGGUUAUGGAUGGAAGCCUCACCUGUACAGCCAACUCUGAUUGGUUCCCGGGGAUCUGCAUCGUCAGCAGUGACAUCACUUGGGCUGAUGAUGUAACCAGGACAUAAUCUCCCCCUCACUCGCCCUGGAAGUGCAGGGACAAGCCUGGAAACAGAGAGUGAGUGUGAUAAUGUUUGUUUGCACAACUCGUACUGCAACUUUUCAUCCUCCAUGACAUCAUUUGUUGGACAAAGACAAAACACUGUAUUGACGUCUCCAUUCAAAAUAACACAAACUGUGCUUUCCCCCUCAGUGCACAGUCGUAGCUUUUAGAAUAAUUCUGGUUUACAUCCUCGAUGCUCCAGUCAUGCCUCUGUGUUGUGUUAAUGAUGAAUCAUGUUUAUGAUAGUGGAGUGACCCCUUAAAGAUUCCUGCAUUAGACUUCAUGAAAGAAUGUUUUUUCUCUCUGACAUUGUGGCGGCUGUGAGACAAAGACCAACAGAACAUCAGUCACCUGACACUGGAUUUUGACUAAAUGCUCACCACUGCUCCUUGACUCUUUUUUUUUUUUUACAGCACUUAAACUGUGUUCAAACUACUUGAAGCGCACAGAUGUAUUCUCUCUGACAGAUGAUGAUGAUUUAAAAAGGAAAAAAAGUUCUUUCCAUUGGAAUAACAGGACAGCGAACGUCAGAAUGUUACGACGGGAUUAUUGGAAUGUGACCAUCUGCCAAACUGCCUGACCUUCAGUGAUCUUGGGUUAAACUCUACAAGUGUUUUUGUCUGAUUAGCCUUCAAAACAAGACCAUCUCUCUCUGUCUGUAGAUUGGACUGAACAGAUCAUUUAGAGUUCACAAUCAGACUCUAAAGUACAGAUGUGGUUUCACUAGAAGGCUUUAGAGUUGCAGUUAACGGUCUUAAAAUGAUGGCUGGAAAAUGUGGACCAACUGUUGUUGCAGUCCUGUGCAAGACUUAAAGGAAAAAUCCACCCUAAAAUGUUUUUAACACGAUCUCACAACAGAUUGAGCCUGCAACUAAUGAUCAGAUUAUAUGCUGAUUUAUUUAUUUCAUUAAUCAUGUAUUUGUUUGGUCUUUAAAGUGUCAGAAAAAUGUGAAAAACGACCAUAACAAUGUCUCAGGGCCCACGUUGACAUAUUCUGUUUGGUCUGACCAACAGUCCAAAAUCAUUUUUAGGCUUAUUUGGGAAAUUUUUAAAAAUGACGUUAACAAAAUGUUGAUUAUCAAAUCAAAUUGCUGAAGAUUUUAAGUAUACUUGCGUCAGCUCUACAACAGAACAAUUUUUCAGUCUUCAGUUUAUAAUCUAAUUAUCAUUUUUAGUAUAAUUGAUCAAUAUGACAUCACAUCAGAUAUUUCUCGCAUAUAACACAUCUAUCAAGGAAACACCAAGUUUUGAUCUCAGGAUCCGAGAGUAAAUGCUUAGUAACUCACCUUUUAGCUCUGACAUUGAACAGUCAAAAGGACAGAGAUACUAAUAAUUCAACAACAAUGUCCUUGAUGGACCAGAGUGCACCGCAGCCACAAGACAUGUUGCUAAACAGGUCCUGUGGCUGCAUUAAUAGUUCCACCCUUAGAUUUAUAAAUGCUGGAUAUGUUUAUAUGGUCAUACACCCACAUUUUUUUGACAGGAAUGAGCUCACACCCAGUAUGUGGGGCAUGUUGAAAAUGUCCUUUAGAAAGAGAAGGAGCUCAAGUAUGAGUUAGAGGCGGGUUCAACAUGAAAUGAUAAUUUUGAAAUUUGAAAUUUGAAAUUGUCAAUACAUGAUAGUAUAAGAGUGUCACAGGUUGGAUUUUGCCUUUAAGUGAAUAUCUUGAUUGAUUUUUGCUUUCAUUUUGUCAAUGGUCAGGCUAGGACAGCUACAGGAUGAUCUGUGGAGGUUGAUUACUGGAGCACUUUGACAACAAGGGGAAGAAGAGAUGUAGCGAGAGAGGAGGAGGUGGGAAAAGGUUUGUAUCGCUCUGCUGUUUCUUGGCAGAUGAAACAAACCGAAAUCUGUAGGAAACACCUUUCUCCUCUCUCUUCCCCACCAAUAAUGGACGCAAAACAAAUUUCUUUCAAAGAAAGACCAGACACAGUUAUACUUUAGCUUAUUGUUGAUUUUAAUCCAAGAAAGAGAAACACAUGUCAGUUUACGACGGGUGUUCUUUGUACAAAUUAGUGGUGUAGUGAAUCUUCGGUGCACCGAGGUGAAUUUUGUGUUGAACGUGUAAAAGUGUUCAGUGUGCCUUUUUACUUUUCCGUAUUUUCAAUCUAAAUUAAGAUUUUGAAUAGCACUAUUAUUUCUGGUUGAACCCUUCUAUGAUUUUUUUUUUUUUCUGAUUUCUUUUUUUUUCCCAGAAAAUAAGUAGAGCCGGGUUUUACAAAGGUACAAAACCAAAGUCCCUCAGAAGUUUCCCUGUACAACCCACCGUGUGGAGUUUUGGAGCUUCUUUGUCAGCUUCUCUACCAUGCUUUUUCUUGUUGGUCAAUCAGUGUAUGCCAUUUAAAAGUAUUAUAGCAAUAUUUCUCUAGUUGAAGACUAAAGUCAUGACGAUUCUAGUGGAUGUUUCCAAGUAUCAUAAUUUCACCUCCUGCUGAUAAAACAAAACAUCAAUCUAUCAAUAGAAAUCCAGUUUUAUAUUUACCUUCAUUGAUGUUGACCACACAUAAGCUAACUUGCUGUUGAGAUUAAAAAAGAUUUAUUGA